UUUGCCUUGUUUCAUCUCAUUGCGCCUCAAAGUCGUAUUCUUUCGUGAAUCUUUUGGUUUGGGGGAAUCCGAUUAUUGAAAAAAUGGGAUCUGGAGCUCAUCUUAUCUGAAACUUAAAAAAAAAGUGAUUCUCUUUCAUUGUCUACCCAAUGAUUGCUAUAUAGCUUAAUCAGCAUCACUGUUGGUUUUUUUUUUUAAUUUCACUUUCUCCUGUUUGUUUGUCUGAUUGAUAAUCCUAGAGAAACCAAACAUAUUAUGUGGUGUCUUUCAUGUCAAUAUCUGAGUAGAUUUGUACUUAACAGGUUAUAGAUUUAAAAAAAAAUCUGUCACUUGAACAAUGUGUGUUGGGAUUCCUAAACAUGGAGCUGGUGGAGCUUCUCUUAAGUGCUAAUAAUAUAAUUUUAAGCAUCUCUUUUUGACCCCAUUGCCCAAGUUAUUACCUUUUCUUUCCGCUUUCAGUUUUCAUUCAUACCUUUUUUUUUUGGGGUCUCAUAAGCAUUUCAUCACCCUCUUCUGUAUUGGUCUCUCUUUCUCUCUUACUCUGUUGUUUGUGUAACUUCUUUGGCAUAUUCCUUCUUUUUUUAGCCGUUAUUGAUGGCAGAGUCUCUUGUUUCUCUUUUUCUUUCAUCUUCUUAUUGUUUCUUUUUCAAACCUUUUAUUCCCCCUAUUCUGUUCUCUCUCCCCCCCUACACAUGCUUCUGUGUCUCUUCUUCCACAGUUGCAUUCUCACCAUGUCGAGGACUAGGACUGCUGCUUCAGAGGCUCGUGAUUCGAUGGACUCUGAGGAAAGAGUAGACCUCGAUCCCGAGGAGACUCUCGAGGAGGAAUAUGAGUACGAAGAAGUCGAAGAAGAGGAGGAGGUUGAAGAAGAGGUGGAAGUUGAAGUUGAAGUGGAUGAUGACGAGGAAGAAGAAGAAGAAGAAGAAGAGAAGAAAAAGCAUGAUGAGCUUCUAGCUCUUCCUCCUCAUGGCUCUGAGGUUUAUCUUGGUGGGAUUCCUACUGAUUCUACUGAAGGGGACUUGAAGGGUUUCUGUGAGUCCAUUGGCGAAGUUACUGAGGUUAGGAUAAUGAGGGAAAAGGAGUCUGGUGAUGGAAAGGGGUAUGCUUUUGUAACUUUCAGAAACAAGGACUUAGCUUUUGAAGCAAUCGAUCAUCUUAAUAACACUGAGUUCAAGGGUAAAAGGAUAAAAUGUUCCACGACCCAAGCAAAGCACCGGCUCUUUCUUGGUAACGUUCCUAGAAGCUGGACAGAGUCAGACAUUAGGAAAACAGCUAGUGGAGUUGGUCCUGGCGUUCAAAAUGUCGAACUCCCUAAGGAUCCACAAAAUAUUGGGCGGAAUCGUGGAUAUGCCUUCAUAGAGUAUUACAACCAUGCAUGUGCUGAAUACUCAAAACAAAAGAUGUCAGAUCCGAGUUUUAAGCUUGAUGAUAAUGCCCCAACUGUUAACUGGGCUGAGUCAAGGAAUGGAGGAGGAGGAGACUCUUCUGCUACGCAGGUCAAGGCAUUGUACAUCAAGAACUUGCCUAGAGAUAUAACACAAGAGCGUCUAAAGGCAUUAUUCGAACAUCAUGGGAAGAUCCUGAAAGUGGUCAUACCACCAGCUAAACCAGGGAAGGAAGACAGUAGAUAUGGUUUUGUGCACUAUGCGGAGAGGACAAGUGUCAUGAAAGCUUUGAAAAACACUGAACGAUAUGAGAUUGAUGGUCACACGUUGGAUUGUACUCUUGCAAAGCCUCAAGCAGAUCAAAAGGCGAAUACAACAACAUCACAGAACAUGCAGAACUCACUAUUGCAGCCAAACUAUCCUCCUCUUCUUGGUUAUGGCAUGGCUCCCAGUCCCUUCGGUGCUCUUGGUGGAUUUGGCGCUCCUGCUUACCCACAACCGUUAAUGCAUGCGGGAGGUCACGCAGCUGGUGGGAUGGCGAUGAUGCCGAUCAUGUUACCUGAUGGAAGAAUCGGCUACGUCUUACAACAGCCUGGACUAGCAGCAAUGCCACAACCUCCACCAAGGCAUUCACCACCGUAUAGGGGAAGCGGUUCGAGCAGUAGCAGCAGUGGCAGCAAAAGAAGUAGCAGCGACAAUGGUAGAGGACGAAGCCGUUACAAUCCUUAUUAGUUGGUUUCAUCGUUCUCUUUUCUUUAUUUGGAAAAAAAAACAUUUCCAGUCAACUCCCCCCCCAAAACAAAAGUCAGUUUUAAUUUUUAAGCAUCAUGUUUUUUUCCUCUUCUUUCUGUUACAUGUGGUUUUGUAAUAUUAUUUGUUUAUUUAUGUUUUCAUCUUUUUUUUUUCCAAUUGUUUAUGUAUGAUCCAAAGCUUACUUUGGUAGUCGGUAUGAAUGAAAAAUCGCCAUCACUGUCUUCAA